ACUUUGUACUUCAGUUAUUUUCCACCUCUGCUCUGAUUUGAUCAUUAUCUUUGAAGAGAAACCGGCCAUUUAAAAGCCUUUCUAAAUGCUUUGUGUUCAUUAGCAGUACAUUAGUCUUCACAAACACUCGGAGCACAUUCCAUUGAAGAAGCGGCACAAAUGUGUUUGUCACACUCCGGCGCACUCUGAUUGGCUGUGGCCGCUGUCAGUUACCUUGGUAGCGCUCUCUGAUUGGCUGUCUCUCCUCUCCGUUAGCCUGGGGGAGCGCCGUGUUUCAGUUUGGUUUGGAAUGGUCUCUCUCUCUCUCCCCCUCGCUCUCUCUCUGCUCCGUAGCUAGCAUUCGACCACUCAUAUUGAUGUUUUUUUCCUCGACAUUUCCAUGGUAACUGUCCUGUCCAAGGUCUGAUCAACAGCGAGGAGCCGAGCCGAGUGUGAGAAUGGAGCUGGAGGAAAAAAACCCGGACCCUAAAUACGGGGAGUCGAGGAAGUUUGACCCAAGCUUCAAAGGACCGAUUCACAACAGGGGUUGCACAGAUGUCCUCUGCUGUAUUCUCUUCAUCUUGGCCAUGUUUGGGUACUUUGCUGUGGGUAUCCUCGCCUGGUCCCAGGGUGACCCCAGGAAAGUGAUCUAUCCCACAGACAGCAGGGGACAGUUCUGUGGACAAGAUGGAACAGCUCUGGAGAAGAAGCCUCUUCUGUUCUACUUCAAUAUCCUGAAAUGUGCCAGUCCGCUGGUGCUGCUGGAGUUCCAGUGUCCCACCACACAGUUAUGUGUGGAAAGCUGUCCUGACAGGCAUCUUACAUUGCUGAAAGCCAAGAGAGGCAACAACGAAGACCGUGAAUACUACAAACGAUACUGCAAGGAAGGAGUGAACUUCAGCCAAAUGACCACCCCUGAGAUCCUGAGGGAUGGCUUGUGUCCUGCCAUGCUCAUGCCCAGUAAAGCCUUCACGCGUCGCUGCCUUCCGGCCCUGGGAACGAAGAAAGGCGGGGUGGUGGUGGUGGGCAAUGAGACCAUGCUGGAUGCGGGAGACGGUGUCAAAAUCAAUGCCACCAAGGUGCUUGAGGCAUCAAAGAUGUCAAACAUGGUAGUUGAAGCUCGCCAGGUGGCCAUGAGAAUCUUUGAGGACUACACUCAGUCAUGGCAUUGGAUAUUGCUUGGUCUGGUGAUAGCCAUGCUUGUCAGCUUGAUUUUCAUCGUUCUGCUGCGAUUCUUGGCAGGCAUCAUGGUCUGGGUCAUGAUUGUCUUGGUUAUUCUAGUCAUCGGAUAUGGUAUUUUCCACUGUUACAUGGAGUAUGCAAGUCUGAAGGGAGAGCCUGGCGCUGACGUCACCAUCCGUGACCUGGGCCUGCAGACGGACUUCUCUGUGUACCUGCAGAUCAGACAGACCUGGCUGGCUUUCAUGAUCAUCCUGGCUAUUGUGGAGGUCAUCAUCAUCCUGCUUCUCAUCUUCCUCAGGAAGAGAAUCCUGAUCGCCAUCGCCCUCAUCAAAGAGGCCAGCAGAGCCGUUGGGCAUGUGAUGUCAGCACUGUUCUACCCACUGCUGACCUUUGCCCUCCUCGCCGUGGUGAUUGCUUACUGGGCCAUCACUGCUGUUUUCUUGUCCACCUCUAAUGAACAGGUGUACAAAGUGUUCAAUACCACUGAGUGUGAGUACUCACGACAAACCUGCGACCCCAAGACAUUCAACACCUCCAACAUUACAGUUCAAUGCCCUGACGCAGAGUGCCUGUUUGCCUUCUAUGGUGGUGAGACACUCUACCACAAAUACCUCAUCGUACUCCAGUUUUACAACGUUUUCCUCUUCUUCUGGUGUGCCAAUUUUGUGACGGCCCUGGGCCAAGUCACUCUGGCGGGGGCCUUUGCCUCAUAUUACUGGGCCUUCAAGAAACCUGAUGAUAUCCCUGCCUACCCCAUCUUCUCCUCUCUGGGACGAGCCCUCAGAUACCACACGGGCUCCCUGGCGUUUGGCUCUCUGAUCCUGUCUAUAGUCCAGGUCAUCAGGGUUAUUCUGGAGUACCUGGAUCACAAGUUGAAAGGUGCUCAAAACAAGUUUGCUAAAUUCCUGCUAAGCUGCAUGAAGUGCUGCUUCUGGUGUCUGGAGAAAUGCAUCAAGUUCCUAAACAGAAAUGCCUACAUCAUGAUUGCCAUCUAUGGUAAAAGUUUCUGUACCUCAGCUCGAGAUGCCUUCUUCCUUCUCAUGAGAAACAUCGUCAGGGUGGCUGUUUUAGACAAAGUGACGGACUUCCUGCUGUUUCUUGGAAAGCUCCUUAUUGUUGGAAUUGUUGGAAUCUUCUCUUUCUUCUUCUUCUCUGGAAAAAUCAAAGCUGUAGAGCAGGCUGCUCCAUCUCUGAACUACUAUUGGGUGCCAAUACUGACGGUGGUAGUGGGAUCGUACCUUAUUGCCCACGGCUUCUUCAGUGUGUACGCCAUGUGCGUGGACACACUCUUCCUCUGCUUCUUGGAGGACCUGGAGCGCAACGAUGGAACAGCAGAGAGGCCGUACUUCAUGUCGCAGAGCUUGCUCACCCUCCUAAAGAAGUCCAACGAAGAGGCCAAAUCUGUAGAUUAAGUUUGUUUGUGUGUGUGUGUGUGUGUGUGUGUGUGUGUGUGUGUGUGCGUUUGUGUGUUUAUUUUUGAAUGAAAAGAGGAACAGAAAAAAGUUAAAGUGCCAUUUCCUUCAUUUUGUGUGUUUGUGGUGCUUUAGAUGAGCGACUGAGUUCAGCACCACCACAGUAUUACAGUAACUACUAUUACUGUCAAAUGUUAAUUUCUGUUGUCUGUAUCAUAUUUUGAUCCUUUUAUAUUUUGUUACAAAGACUUAAGCCUAUUGUCUUCCUGUACUUGCCCAACAAGUGAGAUUAUAUUACAGAAAGAAUACAGGGAGCGUGAGUUACACAUAACAUGUGUACUUAAUUUAAGCAACAAUUUGCCUUAAAAACCUGUGUUUUUCUUUUUCAUUGUACUUUUUGGUCUUGCUGGUCUUUUAUUUAUGUAUGUUCUGUCACACAAUUCGUGUGGAAGCAUUGAAGAGUCCAAUAUCUUCUAAUGAGAUCUCCAGUUAAUGGCAGAUGUAGCUUGUUGAUACAUGAGUAAAGCUGUGCUUAAUCAGUUUAACAAAGCAUAUUGCGCUAGCACUAGCUCACCAAAGCAAAAUUGCAAAUGUGCAGGUGAUUAUAGUUUAGUAUGAUCUUAUCACAUUGCCUUAAGAGAUUACAAAUGACUCAAGUGGUUUAAUUUAGACUUACAGUUUUUGCUGUUUUAAUAGCUUGUGUUCUUUCAUGUUUAUAUGAAACAUAUCCAUAAUUAAUGUACAAAUGUUGAAUUUGUAAAAGUUUUUCAUUCAUUUCAUAUUGUUGUAAAUCAAUAAAAUUAUGUUGCCAUAUUAACGUUCAAAGGGGGAGGGGGGGGGACAAAAAAGGCCACUGCCUUUUAGAGACUGAUAUUAUUUGGGUAAAAUAAAAUGUGGAUUAUUAUUGUGUAUGCUGUUAUUAUUAGAACAGGAUGCUCAAAU